UUUACAGUAGUAAACAUCUGAAAAAAAUGUGUAGAAACAAAAGCAUGAGAAUCAUAUUGCUCCUAUUUAUUUUUACGAUUCGAAAAUUUGUCGAUGCGAAUCUAUCCCUUCAAUGCAUAGUCAGCUAUUUAAAUUCACGAAAUGCUUCAGAAGAUAUCUUUUCGUCCGUAGAUGAAUUCGCAGGUACAGAAGCUGAAUGUGAAAGUUUCAUAAGAAUCAAAAUUGCCGAUUUUAAUGAGAAGAUUCUCGAGAAAAUGGAAGAAGAUGCGAAUGUUCGACCACUUAUCGAUUGCUUUCGACACGAGACCCAAUCGGAGGAGUAUGAGAUAAUUACAUUAAAGCUACAGGGCGUAGGCAUGCUUGACGUGGGCUGGAAAUUCUGGAGAAACUCAGCAAAAGAAGCUAGAUACGAAGAACUCAAAAAGGAAAUUGGUGACCUUGGAUCGAAAAUAUUGGAACAGUGUGCCGCAGUUGAUCAUUAUGGAAAGUUCUUUGAUACGACUUUAGAGAAACAUCCACCUUUAUACUCGAAGGGCGAGACAGAGUAUUGUUUGAGACGAUAUCUUGUUGAGAAAUAUCUAAUAGACUCAUUCGCAUAUAAUUUCAAAAUAAACCCCAAAAAUGUCACGAUGGAGAAUUACAAUUGUGAUCUUAUCAUGAGAGAUAUAUUAGAGCCAGCAUAUGAGAAUCUUAGAAAGGAUGAAACUGAGUGUAGUUGGAAUAUUUUAAAGGAACAUGGAUAUUAUGAUCAGCUUUUGAAAAUUGAGCUUCUCUCUAAGCUGACGCUAUCAAUGAAAGAAAAGGCAGCAGAACGACAAAAGUUUAUUGAUGCAAUCGUCUCAGCAGACAUGAAAAUUCCAUACCAAAACUUGACAUUAUUUUCGAUUGGGAUACUAGUAAGUGUCUCUAUUGGAUUUUAUAUAACAGAAAGUUACAUUAGUUCUGUUGGUGUUGAGGAGCAUACAAAAACAGCAAACUGUUUUACAGAUUAUUUGCGGAAUCACAGCAUGACUGAUACAUAUUUUGAAACAGAACAAAAAAUUACGAACGAUGAAGAUCAAAAAAACUGCACAAAAGAUUUAGAACAUUUUUAUUUCCUUCAGGAUAUUGAGACGAACUUGUACUUAUCAUAUGACACAUCACAAGAACUAUGCAAUGCGCUUAAGGCUGAUAAGAAUAAGAAACUUUGCAUAUCAGAAAAAGAUGUGGAAGGAACUGAAAAUCAAUCAACAGACAAUAAUAACUGCAUUAAUGUGAAUCGGUACUUGACAAGUGAUGUCCUUAAAUUGUAUGAGACAUCCGAGAGUUUUUAUGCACAUACGAGAAAUUAUUGUGACGAUGCACACAGUUGCUAUACUUGCGUUAAAGACAAUUUAAAUGCGAAAGAGAACUAUAUGCUUAAUAGACUGUACGCAAAAGCUAUUCAACUGACUUAUAUCAAAAUGGAAUUUUGGAAAUACUUUAUAAUGUGGACAAAAGUCGAGAAAAUUUAUAGUUCAACUAGAAUUAUGGAAAAUGAGGCAGUAGAAACAUGCAAAAAGGAUUUAAAGUGUCUUUCAAAUUUACAACUGAAAAGAAAAGAAAAAUAAUCAAAAAUGUUCUGAAAGACAUUCUUGUGCUAUCAAAAGAAUAAAGUAUUUUUUAAACUGUGAACUGCCUUUUUAAAUUGUGGAUAAGGUUGAGACUGAUUAUAUCCAGUUAUAAUACUUUCCCGUAUACUGAAUAACACAAGUCGUUUAAUCGAAUAGAAAUCCAGCACCAAGCUGGCAUAACUCU